AUGGGCCUCUUCUCUAAGUUGGGACUCCGGAGCAAAGGAGACAAGAGUGCAAGAUCAACAUCUCCUAGCAUAGGCCCAUCGGCGAGUGGGCUUACUAGGCCUCCUCCUAUCAGUGCCAAAUCUUCCUCUAUCAAAGUGACUACGGCAGAGCCUCCCAGGCAAGAUGAAUCGUCUGCUCCGCCGCUUCUGGGUACUACUCCUUCCCUACUAGGUGCCCCUGCCGAGCCACCGGCUUCCGAUGCGGCUCCUCUUCCUACCAGCGACGGGGAAGGAUUGUGGGCUCGGGCGUAUAAGCUGGUGCAGAACCGCGAGCCCGACCUGAUGGAAGACUACGCGACGUACUUGGCCUCACUACAAGGCCACGGUGCAACUGUUGCGGAUUUUACAACGUCCAAGUCGGUCGAAUCAAUCGUGACGCAGCUGUUGGAGAAUCGGAAGAAGAAGCAAUGGCGAAUCCAGCCACUGGGGAAGGAGGUGAUCAUACGAGAGCAAGUUGAAAAGUUGGCGAAGUUCAUCCUCUUUGUUGAACCGGUAGUCAUAAAAGCUCUUAGCAGCCAACCAUAUGCAGCAUUAGCAUGGUCCGGUGAUUCAAUCCUUCUCCCCCUUAUCACAAGCGCCUCUACGGUCAAUGAGGCCAUGUUGAAGGGGUUUAAUUUGCUCGGUGAUAUCCAAAUUUUGUGGAAGACCUAUGAAGACACAUACCUUCAACCCCCCGUUGGAAAUAUAUACGGACGUCUCAUAGAACCCUUGGCCAAGCUCUACUCGUAUGUCAUUGAAUAUCAGGGGCGCGUUAUAUGUCAUCUCUCUAAACCUCAAGCUUCCCGUGCAUGGAAGAACAUUACCGGCUGGAACGAUUGGGAUGGGAAAGCAACAGAGAUUGGUGAAAUGAGUGAAUUUUGCUGUGGUCUAAUCAGCCCUCUCCAAGCAAGGGAGAUUCAACAGUCCAGGGACAGUCAGCUACAAGAGAUCCAGAUGUCACGAACAAUCCUUGAAGGAAUUCUGAAGAUGCAGAAACAGAGUAACGAACAAGCUGAGAAAACCAGAGAAGACGAGAAGGAGCGAGAGCUUCUUCAGGAUCUUACAUCCAACUAUGAAGAUGAUAAAAAUUUCAACUCGGAAAGGGUCCCGGGAACAUGUGAGUGGUUCUUCAGGGACGACAGAUUUCUCAAUUGGCGGGACAGCAACACUUCCAGUCUCCUCUGGGUAUCUGCUGGCCCCGGUUGUGGAAAAUCGGUCUUGUCGCGGACCUUGGUCGAUGAGCGACGACUAUCUACCAAUAUCAUGACGUCGACUGUCUGCUACUUCUUUUUCAAGGACGGAGAUGAACGCCGUAUGUCCGCCUCUCACGCCCUGUGCGCAAUUCUUCAUCAGAUUUUCACGCGUCAUCCUGCCCGCGACCUAAUCAGGCAUGCACUUCCCAGCCAUAAAAAUCAUGGCAAGUCCCUAAGCAGUAACUUUUCCGAACUGUGGCGAAUUCUCAAGGAUUGCGCUGAAUCACCGGAUGCUGGAGAAAUUAUUUGCGUUCUUGAUGCCCUGGACGAAUGCGAGAAGGAUAGCAGAAAGCAAUUGAUCGACAAGGUGAAAGAUUUCUAUUGCCAACCCAACGAUAUUCAGAAUCUGCCCUCCAAACUGAAGUUCCUGAUCACCAGUCGCCCAUACGAUGUUAUCGAGGCAUCUUUUAGAAAGUUUUCUGACACCGCGUAUGUGCGCUUCGACGGUGAUGAGAAGUUUGUCGAGAUCAGCGAAGAGAUCAAUCUAGUUAUUGAUUUCAAGGUGGAUCAAAUUGCGGCUGAUUUCGGUUUUAGCGAGAGUGACCAGCGAAAGAUUUCCGAACGGCUAAAAAGCAUGAAAAACCGCACAUAUCUCUGGCUGCACCUCACACUUGACAUCAUUGAGCAAAACCCAGCUGAAUUUGGCAAACGGUCCGAAGUGGAAGCGCUCCUCUCAGAUAUGCCGUCUGAGGUAUCGGAAGCAUAUGAGAAGAUCCUAGGGCGAAGCAAAAACCAAGUUCAAACAGAGGCUCUCUUGCAGAUCAUCCUGGCCGCAGAACGGCCCCUGACCCUUGCUGAAGCCAAUACAGCCUUAACGCUAGCUCUGAAAAAGCAUCCAUUUAAUUCUCAUUGCAACCUGAAGUCGGACCUGUGGCCCGAGGAGGCGUUUAAGAGCACCGUGAAAAAUCUGUGCGGCCUCUUCAUCAGCGUCUAUGACUCGACCCUGUCAUUCAUCCACCUGACAGCCAGGGAGUUUCUCAUCCAUCCUAAGAAAGGGGAAGGCAAAUGGGAAGGGCGGUUGGGUAUGCUGCAGUCGCAUGCCAAGUUAUCACUGAUCUGCCUAGAGUAUUUGUCGUUUUUGGGUGACCAGAGUGAAUCCAAGAAAAUAUUAUCGCGCUUUGGGUACUCCGCACAGUAUUGGAUGCAGAAUGCCAGGUGCGCCGAGUCUGACGGGGAGGUCCGGGAAAGCAUCAUGAGCUUCUUUCGCCAAAACCAAGCCUACAGCACCUGGCGCGCAUGUUACUUGAGCAGCGUGGCAAUAGGCGAUGGAUACCAUGAUGAUGCAACCCCACUGGAGUUCAUGUGUGGGGAAGGCUUACCAUAUAUAGCAAAGCUGCUACUAACGGAAGGCGCUGAUGUGAAUGCACGUUAUGGCAGUGCUCUCCGCCUUGCUUCUUUACGUGGCCACAAGGAGAUGGUACAGCUGCUUUUAAAGGAAGGUGCAGAUAUUCAUGCACGUGAUGGCCAUACUCUCGGGGUUGCUAUUGAAUAUGGCCACAAGGAGGUUGUACAGCUGCUAUUAAAGGAGGGUGCCAAUGUUAAUGCAGGUAAUGGCUAUGCUCUCGAGGCUGCUUCUAGAAAUGGCCACAAGGAUAUAGUACAGCUGCUAUUAAAGGAAGGUGCCAAUGUUAAUGCAAAUGAUGGUGAUGCUCUCGAGGUUGCUUCUGUAAAUGGCCACAAGGAGAUAGUACAGCUGCUAUUAAAGGAAGGUGCUGAUGUGAAUACAUGUGAUGGCCGUGCUCUCGAGGUUGCUUCUGAAUAUGGCCAUACGGAGAUAGUACAGCUGUUAUUAAAGGAAGGUGCAGAUAUUAAUGCAGGUAAUGGCCGUGCUCUCUUGACUGCUUCUUUCAAUGGCCAUAAGGAGAUAGUACAGCUACUAUUAAAGGAAGGUGCUGAUAUUAAUGCAGGUGAUGGCCGUGCGCCUCUGGGGGGGACGAGAAGAAGACGCUGGAGCUCCUAG